AUGAAACCAAGCUCGGAAGAGGUGGAAAAAGGGGUGCAGAAUUACACAAUAAUUUCCCCUAGAAUGAAGAACUUUUCUGCAGUCGACAAGAGCAGAGUCAUUGUGUGCCACAAGUUAAGCUACCCAUAUGCUGUCUUCUAUUGCCAUUCAUUUCAAAGGAUUAGGGCUUAUAUGGUGCCUUUACAAGGAUCUGACGGGACGACCGCGAAAGCAGUUGCUAUCUGCCAAGCAGACACAUCUAGAUGGAACCCAAAAAUCUUACAAGGUUUGAAAGUUGAACCAGGAACCGUUCCCGUUUGCCAUUUUCUUUCUGACAGCGAUAUUGCCUGGGUUUCGAAACAGAAACUUUAG